AUGCCGUGCGAUAUGUUAGUGUUGACAGUAGAUAUUUGGGAAACACUUCCAGAGUUUGCUAAUGUUGCACAAAUGUAUGAGAACUUCAAGGCUGCGAUUUUGAUAUUAUACCCUGCAGCAGAUGAUCAGUACAGGUAUUUGUUGGAUAACAUGGACCUACUCAUUGGCACUCGCCAACGUUUGGGUAUUCAGUUGCUUGCAGAUCUUGCUCAAUAUCACUCGCAGUUUAUCAUGAUUACAACCUUCCUCAAAGCAAAAGGUUUGCUCUCAGACCUUGAGCAGAAUGGCCGCACAUUUAUUCUUCAUGGCACCCACACUACGCUAGUCAAUGCAGUCAACCCCUCUCCACCUCCAGUCGUCGCCAAGGCAUCCAUCAAGACAGAGCAACUCAGUGACAUUCUUAACAAGUUCAAAAAGUCUAUUGUGGAUGCGCUAGCCGCUUCUGCAACUUGUCCUCGCUAUGGAGCAUCGUCCGACGCUAGACCAUGUGAUUUGAAGUGUAACUUCUGUGGAAAGGAUCAUUUCAUUUGCAAUUGCAAACUGGUGAAUGACUACAAACCCGCUGGCAAGGUAAAGCGCAAUGCGGACAACAAGGUCAUCCUCCCUAGCAGAGCCUUUGUUCCAAGCAGUAUCCCAGGUAAUUUGCUAAAAGAUAGCAUGGACAAGUGGCACCGUCGCAAUCCAGGACAGCUGGGAGUUGCUACACUGUCUAAUACAAUGUUGGAUACUACGCCUGCAUUAAGGAACACCAUUCAGCAGUUCACUCUGUCAGACAGGAUUGCUCUUGUGGAAGCAGAGCUGUUUGCAUUGCGUGCACGUUAA